AUGAGACUGAACCCAAGAGAGCAGGAGAAGCUGCAGCUGCACUACGCCGGCUUCCUCGCGCAGAAGCGACUCGCGCGCGGACUGCGGCUCAACCAUCCGGAGGCGGUGGCCCUCAUCGCUGCCCAAAUCUUGGAAUUCAUCCGCGACGGCCGCUCCGUUGCCCAGCUCAUGGACCUGGGCCGUAGCCUGCUCGGCCGCAACCAGGUGAUGGAGGGUGUGGCGGAGCUGAUCGACGAGGUGCAAGUGGAGGGCACCUUCCCCGACGGCACCAAGCUGGUCACCGUGCACGCGCCCAUCGCCGCCAUGGACGGCGACCUGGCCCUCGCCCUCUACGGCAGCUUCUUGCCCGUCCCCACCACCUCCGCCGCUUCCCAGCCAUCGUCGGUCAGCCCGACCCAGAGCAGCGACCCGGUGGCGCCGGGCGGCGACUGCGGCGACGAAGACCCGACCCAGAGCAGCGACCCGGUGGCGCCGGGCGGCGACUGCGGCGACGAAGAAGAGUUGGCGGCGGCGGCGGAGCGAGUGGUGGAUGGGGUGGAGGUGGGGCGGAGCGAGGGCAUAGGGCAGGUGCUGGCCGGCGGCGGGGACGAUAUCGUGCUCAACCCGGGGCGCGAGGUGGCUCUGGUCAAGGUCACGAGCCUGUGCGACCGGCCCAUCCAGGUGGGCAGCCACUACCACUUCAGCGAGGUCAACCCCUAUCUCCAGUUCGACCGCAUCCUCGCCUACGGCAAGCGACUCAACAUUCCCGCCGGCACCGCUGUUCGGUUUGAGCCGGGCGAGACCAAGUCGGUUCCGCUGGUGGACAUUGCGGGCCGCCGCGUGGUGUCGGGCGGCAACGACCUCGCGCCGGGUCCGGUGCGCGCCGACAACGCGCCCGAGAUCCUGCGCAGCCUCGAGCGCCAUAAGUUUGCCCACAAGACACAGAAGAAGCGGCGGGCCGGCGCCGUGGCCACGAUGACGCGAUCGCACUACGCCAGCAUCUUCGGGCCGACCACCGGCGAUCUCGUACGGCUGGGCGACACGGGCCUCGUGGUCGAGGUCGAGCACGACUUUGCGAUCUACGGCGACGAGUGCAAGUUUGGCGGCGGCAAGGUGCUGCGCGACGGCAUGGGCCAGGCCUCCGGCGUCGCCGCCGCCGAUGCGCUCGACUGCGUACUCACCAAUGCCUUGAUCGUGGACUACACGGGCGUCUACAAGGCCGACAUUGGCAUCAAGAACGGUCUCAUCGCUGGAAUCGGAAAGGCGGGAAACCCUGAUGCGUGCGAGGGGUUGAUCGUGACGGCCGGCGGUAUCGACACGCACAUCCACUACAUCUGCCCGCAACAAGUACACGAGGCGCUGGCGAGCGGCGUCACUACGAUGCUUGGUGGCGGCACCGGACCCUCCACGGGGACCAACGCAACGACGUGCACGCCUUCGCCGAACCACUUCCGCAUGAUGCUCCAAGCCACGGACAACCUGCCCAUGAACUUUGCCUUCACCGGCAAGGGCAACUCGUCGAAACCCGAAGGGCUGCACGAGCAAGUGGCGGCCGGCGCCGUGGGCCUGAAGCUGCACGAGGACUGGGGCACCACGCCCUCGGCCAUCCGCACCUGUCUCUCCAUCGCCGAGCGCUACGACAUCCAGGUGACGAUUCACACGGACACGCUGAACGAGUCGUCGUGCGUGGAGCAAACGGUGGAGGCCUUCGAGGGCCGCUGCAUUCACACCUACCACACCGAAGGCGCAGGCGGCGGGCACGCCCCGGACAUCCUUUCCGUCGUUGGUCACCCCAACGUACUGCCCUCGUCCACCAAUCCUACGCGCCCCUUCACAGUGAACACCCUGGAUGAACAUCUGGACAUGUUGAUGGUGUGCCACCACCUGGACAAGACGAUCAAUGAGGACAUCGCCUUUGCGGAAAGCCGCAUUCGAGCGGAGACGAUCGCCGCGGAGGACAUACUGCACGACAUCGGCGCGAUCAGCAUGAUCUCCUCCGACUCGCAGGCCAUGGGCCGCGUGGGCGAGGUCAUCACGCGCACGUGGCAAACGGCGGCCAAGAUGAAGCUGCAGCGCGGCCACCUCGUUCCAGACAAGGACGACGACGCAGAGUCGGUCGCCGGCGGCAAGGCGAAGAAGGAGCAGCAGCAGGAGAAUGACAACUUCCGGGUGCGACGGUACAUCGCCAAGUACACCAUCAACCCGGCCAUCACGCACGGGCUGGCCCACCUCAUCGGCUCCGUGGAGACCGGCAAAUUCGCCGACCUCGUGCUCUGGAAGCCGGCCUUCUUCGGCAGCAAGCCGGAGAUCGUGGUGAAGGGCGGGGUGAUCGCAUACGCGCAGAUGGGCGAUCCCAACGCAUCGAUUCCCACGCCCGAACCGGUCAUCAUGCGGCCCAUGUUUGCGGCUCUCGGCAAGGCGGCGGCCAAGUGCUCCAUCGCCUUCGUAUCACAACUCGCGGUUGAAAGCGGGGAGGUGAACAAGUAUGAGCUCGCCAAGCGGGUGGAGCGGUCAAGGGCUGCCGCAAUCUGA